AUGUUUGUGUUUGAGCCUAGCAAAUUGACUUAUGAAAAUCUGCUUCAAACUCUCCAAAUUACUCCUCCAACACCAUUUGCUGAGCAGGAUUUCUUGAACAUGUUCUUUGAAAAAGUUUACAAGCCAAUCCCUCUUAUAUGCAACCUGGUUCUAGUAAUGUUGUGGCAACACCCAGAGAAUAUUGAACUCGAACAAGUUAAAGUUGUUCGCUACUGCGAUGCUAGAGAAGAUAUUAAGAUGCUAGUGAAGAAAUGGUGGGAUGUUUAUGAUGAUUCUACACUAAAUUUUAAGGCUGAAGACACUGCACAAAAAGGGACUAUGAUCUCAAAAUCAACUGUCUUGGCUUCUUUACCUGAGCCUGCAGUUUCCUACAUUCCUGCUCCUUCUGCUGCUUAA